UCUGCCGCGGCCGCUCGUGUGCGUGCUACGUGCCGCGUCUCACACCUGCACAAAAAAACGUUUCGCGCGUCUUUUGACAGCUCCAAACUUUUGAGUGCGUUCGGAUACUGACUGGGAUACUUUUGUGUUGUUCGCCUGAGACGUUGGCCUUGUAUUUGGGAUUGUUUUUGAAUAUUUUGUAGUGCAGUAAUUAUCGGCUAGGACUGGCCGCUGAGACGCUAUAAAGUGAUGAAUCAGCGAGCAGCGGGUAAUUAACAGCGUCACUACGAAAACAAAUCCAGCGCCUUCCGCCGCCUAGCUGCUGGUUAUUUCGCGUGUGCAGUACGAGGCAAGGCAGCAAGCUGUUUUACCCCUAUCUGAAGACGUCUUCCCUACACAGGGACUUCCUAUUCGCCAGUGGCUCCGACGAGUCGGGAUGCGAGGCUGAUAUGUUGGAGGGCGCGGAGGGAGGACGGCACUCGCCGCCUCGGCCGCAGCAGGAGCCUAUCAACCUCAAGAAUGAGCAGGCGGAGUCGGACCGCGAGAGCGGCGACAGCUCGCCGGACGCGACGCGUGCGCACAUCGAUCCGCGCUCGCCCUCCCCGCGCCGCUCGCCGCACCAACCACACUUGAAUGGCUCCAUGGCGUCGAUGUUCCAAAACCUGCAGAACCUGGCGAACAUGCAACAGAACAUGCCGCCGAUGUCACAGCAGUUGCAGCAGCAGAUGUCGCAACAGAUGUCGCAACUGGCGGCGAACCUGCAAGGGUUGACGUCCAUGUCCAACAACCCGGUCAUCAACUCGCCGCUGAACCUUAGCGUUAGUGCCCCAGGCAUGGGCUCUCCGACUCCAGUGGGCAACAACAACAUGCUGCCGCCAGCGAUGCCGUCUCCGAUGCCGCAGCUAAUCCUGGCGUCAGGCCAGCUGGUGCAGGGCAUCCAGGGUGCGCAACUGCUCAUACCCACCUCGCAAGGCAUAGCGACUCAGACCAUCCUAACAAUACCAGUAAACCACGUCAACUCGAACGACCAGAUGGUGAACCUAGCGCUAAACAACGGCCAAGUGGUCUCAACGUCAUUAGCCAACCUGCAAGCGAUGGCGCAGCCGCACCAGCUGCUUAACUCAACGCCUCAGCAACAAUCGAACAUUCGACCGAACAUGUUAAACCCGUCGCUAUCAAACGCAUUGCUAAACCCAGGAUUACCGAACUUCCUAUCGAACGGCGCGACGAACGCUCAGGAGUUGCUGCAAGCGUUACAGCAACCGCAGUCGAACCACAACCUGCUGCAGACGGUGCAACAGAACAACAUGUCGCAACCGAUGCAGGGCCGGCGGUCGUCGUCGCCGCGACCCGAGAGACAUUACAAAGAUAGAGAAAACUUUGAAAGGUUCGCGGGCGGCUCGAGAGAACGGAAUGAGCGGGAGAAUUCUGCUGCUUCUUCGAUGAACAAUAUUAACAGGCUCGCAACGUCGAACGGCGAGAUAACAAUAACGACGUCACACGCGAGCGCGGGCCCGGCGAGCAGCGCAAGCGGCGGCUCGGCGCCUACCGCGUCGCCGCACGCGCCGGUCAAACUGUCGCCGAGCUCCGGCAAGUCGCCCGCGCAGGACGAGAAUGAUCUACUCGCUGAUUCGCCUAAAUCAAGUCAGCUGAGUGGCUAUGGAAAGCCUGGCAGAGAGUACUCGCACUUCUCAGCGAGCAUGUUUGAGGAGAGUGAUGGAUAUAAAAGAGAUCAACCGACUAUCAGCCAGUCUUCAAGCAACGUGGUCGACGGGAUCAAUCUGGAGGACAUCAAAGAGUUCGCGAAAGCCUUCAAGCUUCGACGGCUUGGCCUCGGUUUGACCCAAACACAAGUUGGGCAAGCCCUCUCCGUCACCGAAGGACCGGCGUACAGCCAAAGCGCCAUUUGCAGUGCCCUGGCUUCGCAGAUGCUAGCUGCCCAGCUGUCUUCACAGCAACAAAACAUAUUUGAGAAAUUGGAUAUAACACCAAAAAGUGCGCAGAAAAUCAAACCGGUGCUCGAACGUUGGAUGAAGGAAGCUGAAGAGAGGUAUGCGUCAGGUCAGAACCACCUGACCGACUUCAUCGGUAUGGAGCCGAGCAAGAAGCGCAAGCGACGCACCUCCUUCACGCCGCAAGCUCUAGAACUACUCAACGCGCACUUUGAGAGGAACACGCAUCCAUCAGGCACAGAAAUCACUGGACUUGCUCACCAGCUGGGCUAUGAGCGCGAAGUCAUCAGAAUAUGGUUCUGCAACAAACGACAGGCCCUCAAGAACACAGUCCGAAUGAUGUCCAAAGGAAUGGUUUAAUUGCCUAAAAAAAAUAAUCUAAAUCUUGCCAUCACAAUAGUCCGAUAUUUCUACUCAAAUAGUGAUGUCCAAUCAAUAAUAUUGAUAUCGAUGGUUUCACUAAAACUGCACACGUAAUCGUGAUAAUAAUUUUCAAAUUCACAAUAUAAUUUGCACCGUAGAAUCUCAUUGAAAGUAUUGUUUAAUUCGAUAAUAAACUAAACUAAAUUCAAAGAUCCAUCGAGGAAAUACGUGGAGAAGUAUUAAGUUCUUUGUAAUUCGAUGUAAAGUUAAAAUAAAUUUUGACUGAAAUUACUGUCUUGUAGUUUAAAGUGGUACAAUUGGAAUGUUGUAGUUUAAGGUAGGUGUUUAGUACAAAAGUAAGGUAACUGUCUCGGGCGCGAGUCAUUCAAAAUAAAUGUUUCAGUCCAAAAGUUUAGACUCGAAACAGUUCCACAUUGUGAAGACUCGAAUGUUCACCAAAAGGUGUUGUAGACGAACGUGUCCACUGAAUGUUGGUGUGAACUUACAAAUAGUACGUUAAUUUGGCGAACUGUGGGUAUUCCUAGUAUAGCCCUUUUUGUAAAAAUAUUGCAUUUUGUAAAUAAGUACAACCUUUUAGUCGCGUAUUCACUGCUGAACUUAUAUAGAUUUUGUUGCGAGUAUUCCAAGUUCUUGCUUCAAAUACUAUAAUGAGUUUCUAAAAUACGUUUUUAAGGGAAUCUCUCCUAAUUAAACAUUUAAUUUUUUGACAAAGUCAGUAUAAAUGUAUGACUACAUUUAAAAAAAUGCGGUUUAGAGUAUGAGCAGCCUAUAUCAUACUAAAUAAUAAAAAAGAAAAACCUUAAAAAGGCUUUCAAAAUUGUGUACCGCUUGCAGUGAGUACGCAUUGUAUCCCUCGGCAUAAUGUAUGUAGUUGGUACAUUAAUUUAUUGAAAUACUCUUGAGUUGUUUCGUUCUACCUAGCGAAUGUUGCACUAUAGAUCUAGGAUAAUAUUGAUAUUAUGGUAGUUACUCUGUCGUCAAUCUUAGUAGCCUACUGAGAUUUUUUUAAACUAGUAGGAUUUUGUUAUUUCAUAGAUAGGUAUAAACGACAAUGUAUAGAAUAUAAAUUCUACUUGGUAAACUGUAAAUAUUGUUUCAGCUAUUUUUAUUUCAGUAAAAUGUAUUAUUAGUUUUAUGAAUAAAUAUUAUUUUAUAGCUUGUGAAACUUUUUAUAAGUAGGUAUUCAAGUUGGAUUUUGUGGCGACAUUAACAAAUCAGUUCGAUUACGAAAUACAUUGCAUUUUCCUUUCGGUAAAUUAUCUCAAUUAAUGAUAAAAUGCAAGUAACAGGGGGUCUGUAUUGAAACAUUUACGUAUCACGCGUGUUUUUUGAGAAGUCAUUACUGUUAUAUUGAAAAAAAAAAACUAAAAAAUUGCCUCGCAUUUGGAAAUGUAGAUUUUGAAAUAUUAUACACGUAGAUUUCCAAAAAAUCUUAAAAAUUGUCGUUAUUGUAUAAUUAUGUUAGUGUGUGGACUACUCAGAAAACAUGCGCUGUUUAAAUAUGUUUUACCUAUCAAGAUUAAGUUCCUUUUAGUCAGUGAAGUCGUAAAAUAUUGUUUACUUACUAUGGAAAUGAUUAUUGGAACUUUUCGAGAAUUUUAAAUACCUAGAUAACCAUCUCAUGUUUGUAUAAAAUUCCUCUUACAGCUCUCAUAUUUCUUAGAACUGUGUACAUAAUUUAGUUAGAAGGUUUUCAAUCUAAGGCCUACUGUUAACUGUAUUGCCCAUAGAUUAAGGUGUAAUUUAACGUAUGUUAAUGACCAAUGAAAACCAACUUGUGAUCAUUAAUAUUUGUACUGUUACCUACUACUUAACAAGAGUCGUUAAAAAAUAAUAUUAUAAAAUUGAACAUAUUUUUCGGCUGUUGAAAAAUUGUAAAUACAAUAUUAAGGAUAAUAAAAAAAAACUAUUUGGAUUAAUAUUUAGGAACAAAUGGAAAAAAUAUUAUCAAAAUUUAUAUUUUCAAAAAUUAUUACAAGUGCAAAAAAUGGUGUAUUUAAAAGGGAUGUUUGGCCAUAAUCAAAAUUUUUCACGGAAGUGGUUUUUUAUCGACUAUAGCACAACACUACACAACACAAGCAGUACGGUAAACAGUUAAUAAAAAAAAAUGUGCAAUGCGAUGGUGCAAGUAAUUGUACUUACGGAAUCAGGUUUUUCAUACUAACACUAAGCCGUAAGUAGUCGUCUAUUUUAUUCUAUAUAGUAGAUACUUAACUCCGUGUUGUAUUUAUAUUUAAAAAGUGACAGAAGUAUUAAAUAUAUUAAAUGUGCUCUACAAAAGAAAAAUGAAAAACCUGUUUCCCUACAAACACUAGUGUAAUAGAACGAAGUUGAUAAGUACAAAUGAUAAUUUAUCUACUAUAAAGCUGCUAGUCCCGUUAAUAUUAAAAUAAUUAUAUAAUAUUACAUGGCAAAAUCGCGUUGCACCCAGGUUUUCAUGAUUCACAUGUAUCUAUAAUAUUAAAAUAGUCUAAUAUAAAAGUCUACACAUAACAUAAUGUCAGCUGUAACACAUAUUCAAACCAAACUGUAACAGUAUGUAAUAGCGUAUUAAUUUUUCUUCCUGUAAUGGUACCGAUUGAUCGACUAUGGCUGCUGGUUCAUGAAGAGAUGCAGAAUAAAGGCAGAUAACUGUUUGAA